AUGGCUUCGGUAGAAAACACGAUGCGCCAGCAACCGCUGCAGAGCAUGGAUACCACGAGACUCCAUUUCAUUGACAACGACGAUACAUCAUCAUCCACACUAACGGAACAUACGCUCAUGAUCUGCAGAAGACCUCACUCCACGUCUCCAGAGAUUAGUGAGGGAGUCAAGGUUCAAGUGUCACUGAUGAAUGAUGAAUUUGCCGAUAUUCAGUGUAUCCCAGAAACACCCCAAAAGAGCACCGGAACGAAACGACCCCUGGAACCCACCACAACGGGCGAUGUGAAGGACCAAUGCAUCCAAGUACAGCUACCCUUGAAAUUGGAACGAAGAGUCAAUAAACGACGAACAGAAUCAAUCCGUUCUGACGAAGAUACGCAGCGUGCAAGAAGCACGUCAGGUGCAACCCCCCCAAAUAUCUAUGUUAAUAGUUAUGCUAAUCUUCAAAAGGGAAUACCAUUGCGGGAGAUAAGCAGAUAUCACACGGGAGACCCUCGCCAGAACCACCAAGUCGGCCACGUGAAGCCGUUGUCGUGA